ACUGGUUCGCAGAGCAAAAAAGUUUCCUCCGUGUAGACAGAUGUUUGCACUCUCUAUCCUUGGGUUGUGUGCACACAGAAAUCUGAGAAUCGCGUUUCACGUGUGAGCGCACGGAGGGUUGGACACACUGAAGGAGCUUCGGGAGACAAAGAGACGCUUUACCGUGGAAGCAUAAAGUGAGAGAGGGAUACAGAAAAGAAAGGGAGAGAGAGAUCUUAUCUCACUCUCCCAUUUACAGUUUACCAAGGAUCGCAUCCAGCGGCUAUCUCCACACUGCAAUAGCAGGACAAUGUCUAGUAAAGCGACUUUAGCCUUACUCAUCUAUGGAAUCAUAAUGCAUUACAGCGUCAACUGCUCGCCUAUGGGGCUUAGCUAUCCUAACGUUAGACUUAACAAUGAGGUUUAUGACGAGGAUGGAAAUUUUUUACCGGACCUGACUUUUGACAGUGAUCAAAUUGCUUUGCGAAGCCUGCCGUCUGUUGCUGACGACGUGUAUAAGUUAUACUACCCACCGGAAAAAAGAACGGAAAGGCAUGCAGACGGAAUGUUUAAUAAAGCCUACAGGAAAGCGCUGGGUCAGUUAUCAGCAAGGAAAUAUCUUCAGUAUCUGAUGACAAAACGUGUAGGCGGAGGCAACACCAUGGAAGACGACUCUGAGCCCCUGUCCAAAAGGCACUCGGAUGGAGUGUUUACGGACAGCUACAGCCGUUACCGAAAGCAAAUGGCAGUCAAGAAAUACCUGGCGGCCGUCCUGGGGAAAAGCCCUGAAGACAUAGGUUUUCACCAUAUUCUACAAGACAUAGACUUUGAUGUCCUCCUGGAUGGGGAUGAGUUUGAGGCAAUUUUGGGAGACUGGCUGAAACAGUUCUCUCCCGAAUUUCCGGUGAGUCCCUGGCUCUUUCCCGAGGCCAUGUCUUGAGGGAUACCUUCUGUCCCUCCCUCUUUAUUCUCACCUAAACCUUCCCCUGUGAUUUUCCACUCCGAACACACAACCCGAUCUCCUUCUCUCCUCAUUUGUGCUCCUGUCUCUCCUGAGAUGUUGUACAUGCAACUGUAUCUCUAUUCACAACUAUAUACUGCAUGGCAGACAUGCAUGUACAGUAUGUAUGAAUGUGAAUAUGGAUGCAAUAUAAACAGCCCUUGGUGUUAUGCAUAGAUAUGUUGUACAUAUCAAUGUUAAUGGCUAUAAAUAUGUAUCUAAAUUCCUUGGAAACAUCCUAUAGGAGGAUGUGAAAAUGAUGCUAAACAUUAUCGUAAAAUAAAUAAGUAAUGGUUUGACCAAACAUGGCUUUAGAAGCUUACAGAUGGCAGUCAUCCAUUUUGAUGGUCCUUUGAGGACAAUGGUGGGGACACUAAUGAGAAAGUCCCUCUUUACAUGACAUGAGGACCAGAGUGCUUUUGAGGUUUUUCUUUCUUUCCUUCCUCCUCUUUGUUGUAAUUGAAAACAAGCCUACACCUUUGAACUUGUGCAAAGUACCUAUCUUGUGUUCCUCUCUAGUGCUAU